CAUGUUUGUCAGAUGGUUUGUCAACAAAAACACUCAUCAAAAUUAUCAAAAAUCCAAUUUUCUUGCGAAAAGAAACUCCACUAAAUUCUACAUUCAUUGUCUUAUAGAUGAUUCACUUAAGGCUAAGUUUGCUAAGAACGAUAAGUACAAGCUACAAAGUGAUAAGAAAAGCCAGUGGAGGCAGCAAGAUGUCAGAACGGAAGAUAGCAGUAUGCCAAAUGACCUCCAUCGGAGAUAAGGCUAAGAACUUGGAGGUGGUCUCCAAACUUGUGAGUGAUGCUUCAAAGGAGAAUGUAGAGAUGCUGUUCUUCCCAGAAGCGUGUGACUUCAUAUUUGACAACAAGAAGUCUAUGCUGGAAGCGGCCGAGCCACUCGGAGGCUCCCUAGUGGGACAGUACAGGACGCUGGCGAGGGACCAUGGGGUGUGGCUGUCUAUGGGUGGAGUUCAUGAGAAGGAUGAGACCGACACAUCAAAAGUGUACAACACGCACAUAAUAAUAGACAAUACCGGCUCUAUAGUGCAGACUUACCGGAAGCUACAUCUCUUCGACGUGGAGAUCCCGGAGAGGAACGUGCGACUGAAGGAGAGUGAUUUCUCCAAAGCCGGCUGCCAUAUUGUCACUCCGGUGACUAGUCCGGUCGGGAAGAUUGGUUUGGGUAUCUGCUAUGAUCUCAGGUUUCCGGAGCUAAGUACCCAGCUAGCGAUGCUGGGGGCUGAUAUACUCACAUAUCCAUCUGCUUUCACCCACGCUACGGGGCAGGCGCACUGGGAGAUCAUGCUGAGAGCAAGAGCAAUAGAAAACCAAUGCUACGUGAUAGCGGCGGCGCAAGUCGGUCACCACAACGAGAAAAGGCGGUCUUAUGGCCGAGCGAUGUGCGUGAGUCCGUGGGGCGACAUACUGGCCGACUGUGGCCUGGAAGAUACUGCGUGUUAUAAGACCGCCGUGGUCGAUAUGAAACUUUUGCAGAAUGUAAGAACGAAUAUGCCGGUUUUCUCGCAUAGGAGACGCGACGUGUACUCACUGUACUGCUUCAGUCUCCGCAAGAACCUUCUGGACGCCGCGCCCGCCGCGCCAUCUGGCGGGGAGACCGAGUAUAAGGGGGCUACUAAUGUUUUCGGCCAUGUGCUGGUGCCAGAGACGUGCGUGUUCUACAAGAGCAAGUUGACGUACGCCUUCGUCAACAAACGUUGCGUGGUCCCGGGCCACGUGUUGGUGGCGCCGGCGCGCCUCGCGGAGAGGAACCUCGACCUGUCGGAGCAGGAGGCCGACGACUUCUACAAGACUGUGAGGCUUGUGCAGAAGUUGAUGGAGCGAGUUCACAAAACAAAUUCCUGCACAGUCACCAUACAGGAUGGUGAAUACGCGGGACAAACUGUUAAGCACCUCCACUGCCACAUAAUGCCGAGGAAAAAGGGAGACUUCAUUGAAAACGACCACAUAUACUUGGAGCUCGCCAAGCACGACCAACUCGUUGCCGGAUAUCCGGCGAAACCCGGAAGGACUUUAGCGGAAAUGGAGGAAGAGGCAGCCAUGUUGCGAAAAGAAAUACAAAAACUUUUAGUAGUCGAAAGUUAGCCAUUGCUUGUGAUAUGUAAAUAGAUUUUUAAAAUAAGCGUAAGUUAUUCUGACAAAUAUACGAUAAUUUAACUUAAAAUCUGUUUUAUUAUGAUAUAUGAGAAAUAAAACUUCGUUUGUACUAAAUACAUCUAUAAUAUACCGUUGUUUUCAGUUUUAGUGAGUACGUUAUCUAUAAUAUUUUUGACCGUAGAUUUUUUCUUAUACAAUAGUCAUACUUUCAAUAGAAACAACAUUAAUAGUAAUAUUUAAAUAUAACUAGAAAUAUAUAUUAAAAGCUGCUGUUAAACCAACAAUGUUUCCAGAUCCUUCUUUCAGACUUAAAUAGAAGAUAUAUUUAUUCGUCUCCGCAGGGUGAUUUCAAACCUAUGUUUAAUAAAUUGAUGCAAUUUAAUUAUGUAUGUAAAUAUAACUGUAUAACGUCACUGAAUAAAGAAACUACAUGAAAAUGUCUAAAGCACUCAUGCUAUGUCGCUCUAAUCGUGGAUCUGUGAAUACCCUGCCUAUUUAUAGGGUGUUGAAAAAAGGGUAUACUAAGCCGUAACCAGCUUGUGCAGCAUGUUAUAUCUAAGUCCGAAUCUGAAAACAGAAUUUCGAAUUUCG